AACUUUAUGUCAUAAUAUGUCAAAAUAUCAACGACAACAAACCGUCACAACAAACUGUAAUAAAAAUAAACAAAAUUUUCAUAAACUAAUUCAUUAAAUUUAUUGUGCGUGAAGCCCUCAUAUUCCAAAUGGUUCCUUCUUAUUGACAUCAGAUAUUGCUGCAGAAAUCGAACACUCUACCAAAGAGGAAGUGGACCAUCACAGUGAUUGUUCUGAGACGAUGGAUCUGAAUAUUGUUAUAAAGUCUGAGUUGGUCGAAGUGAUAGCUGUCCCCAUGGAACACAUAGACAUUAAGGCAGAGAUCAUAGACUACGAUGAAGUUAAUAUUAAACAAGAAGAAAUCGAGGCAGAAAUGGCACAUUAUCCCGAGAUUAACAUUAAACAAGAAGACCCAAUCGAUGCAGACUUUGGUUGUUCGGGUAGUAAGACUUUCAGCGAUACAGAAAUCAAGAUUGAAGAUAAGGAGGCUGUUGAACCAAUGCAAAGUUGGGCAGUGAAUACAGUGAAGAUGUCGUUCGAGUGUUAUAUUUGUAAACUGUCUGAACGCAGCGUUUAUAAUCUUCAUCUACAUAUGAAUAGACAUCAAAAUGUUCAAUCGUUCGAUCCCCGUGUAUGUACUAUAUGUUCGAAACGCUGCCAAUCGGUAUUCCACCUGAAACGGCACAUGGCCUACCAUUCCGAAGAUAAGAAUAUUAACUGCGAGAUAUGCUCGAAAAAGUUCAAAACAAAAGAUUGCCUCAAACAGCAUAUGCGAAUACAUGGCGACAAAAGAUUCUCAUGCACCAUAUGCUCGCAAAAAUUGAAAACGCGCAACGGCCUCAAGAUUCAUAUGAUGAAUCACAAAGGUGACAAGCCGUUCGAUUGCAAACUCUGUCCGUUUAAAUGUACCAACAGCGGACGAUUGCUGUAUCACAUACGUUCCUAUCAUACCGGCGAGAAGGCCUUUAGCUGUACAGUAUGUUCAAAGAGAUUCUCAACAAGUGGUAAUUUAGCAAUACAUCGACGCCUCCACACCGGCGAAAAACCGUACGUUUGCGAUAAGUGCUCCAAGGCGUUCAGCCAAAGGCCGGCGUUAAAACGACACAGACUUACGCAUGAAGAAUACAGACAGUGGUUUGAGUGCAGUGUCUGUUCGAAAAAAUUAGCAACGAGCAAGAGUCUACAGCUUCAUUUGGAAAUCCAUACUGGCGGAGAAAAGCGUUUCAAAUGCAAUUUAUGCUCAUAUGAAACACGACAUCGGUCGUGUUUACGGAGUCACAUGGACGCACACGAUCGCAAUGGUCCUUUGUGGUAUCAUAAGCCCAACGACAAACAUUAAAAAUUCACCAGAUUUAUUUCCAUUGUACAUAGCUAGUCAAUAAAAUCGACAUAUUAUUUCA